CGCCUACGUUGGUGUUCAUUCAUUGAAGAUACUACGACCGAACAUACAUCGAAGUGAGUACUUCGCCGACAGAUAUACUACAUUUUAUGCUCAACGUUUUGUGGUUAGCUAUCAACGAUCAGCCGGGCAGACAGAGAAACCAUCAUAGUAUUCUUCUCUGACGUAUGAGUAACGGUAAUUCUAGUGGCCAAAUGCGGAUGGACGCGUUGGAAACGCUUACUCGGGUGGCAACCGAUCAGCUGCUCAGCAGUUUUGACACUUCCUUGUUCGACUCGCCACAUACUACGUUGUCUGCAACCACCGUUAGACAAGUACCCGAACUUGAACAAGUUGACUUAAUUCCUACUACAGUUGGAAGUGGAGAAUCUUUAUUCAGUACGGACGACGAUCUUCACGAUACUUCUCUAAGCGCCAUCGUCGGCGAUGAUUUAAUUGGUAGCUACAAAUCACAAUCGGCAGAUAGCAGCUAUCAGGGAUCUGGAAUCACCGGAGCACAGAUCAUUACAACACAACCAGAGACUCUGACAUACAGGGGUACUUUUACAACGGCGUCUGCUUCACCUGUAUCCAGCAAUGCGAGUGGGCAAUGCAGUACCGGGAGCUCACCUACGCCGAAUGCUUGGUGGCAACCAGAACGUACCAUGUUGUCGCCGAUGCUUACCAACAUCCUUACUAGCACCUUAGCAAACAGUAGCAUCGGUAGCCCAUCUCCAAUGACUACAACAAGUUCUAUCAGCCAACCAGAACAGACUUUUACACCCGUCACCACUAACGACAUCGCCAUCACUCAGGCGCUCAGUAACGUAGAACUUCAACCACCGUUUACUUCAUCGUACACACAAGCGACACCAUAUGAUACACUGGAAAGUCUUACGACGACGUGCAAUUCAUCACUCGUUUCCAACCAGCCUACUACCUACCAGCAGGUGAAAAACAUAGGCGGGGAGAUUAAAUAUUCGUGGCCCAUAAUUCCGGACUAUAGCAGUUAUCAACCAAGCAAACAGUUAUCUACAUCCCCAGAACUCAUGGUAAGCCAACCACCGAGAACUCAGGCACUGGGCGAUAUGGUUCUCCAUACCUCGACACCCGAAGACUUUCUCACUGCCCAAAGUGCAACAACAGGUAAAAUAAAUGUACCUUUAAAUCAGCCUUACCAACCAAGCCCACCACCGACGAAGCCGCAAAAACAACGCAAAUAUCCUAACAGGCCGAGCAAGACCCCACCACAUCAGCGACCCUACGCCUGUCCAGUAGAAACUUGUGAUCGUCGUUUCUCGCGGAGCGAUGAACUUACUCGUCAUAUUCGCAUUCACACCGGACAGAAACCUUUCCAAUGCCGCAUUUGCAUGAGAAAUUUCAGCCGCAGUGAUCAUCUGACCACCCAUAUUCGGACUCAUACUGGUGAAAAACCCUUCGCUUGUGACACCUGUGGAAGGCGGUUUGCACGAAGCGACGAAAGGAAGCGACACAGCAAAAUCCAUCUCAGGCAAAAAAUGAAGAAAGAAGCCAAGUUGUUGGCUAGUAGCGGACAAUCCACGUAUAGUACCAGCAAUGUUUCUUCUCCGCCACCUCAACAGCAAGAACUCCCGGGCGUUGUUAGCCAGGCCAGUAGUCCACAACACAUGGUCUCAACGACACGUUCUUAAAUCUCAGAGACUUUAUGUGUGUGAUUUUUUAGCAUUUUAUCUUUCUUUUAUUAAAUUAAUAUUUUCGGCAGUACUUUAUUUUCACCAUGAAUUGAAUACGAAAAGAUGCAGAUUUUUCAUGAACUUUUUGAUGAACUCUAUAAAACUGCCAAAAAGGAUUCGAGAUUUAUGUAUGAUUGCCAAGAAUUUGCGUCUUUUUAUGUUUGUAUAUUUGGCAAAAUAAUGUGUCAAGCAACUUGAAACUUAUGAUAUCCAGAACAAAUUUUUAGAAAACUAUGUUAUGUUACUAUUUCUAACAAUUUUUACACACUUAACAUUUUACAAGAAAAUAUCAUUUGUAUGGAUUGGUGUGUGAAACGUACACACUUUAAUUAUUUCGUAAGAUGUUUUUAUUAUGACCAAGUCACGUGACGUGGUUCCUAGUCAGCACAGCAGUGUUCGUCAGUGUUGUAUACUUUAUAUUUUCGUGUUGACUUCACAGACUGCUUGAAGUAGAAUGAUAUUUGUUCUGUCUUUAUUUUUUUGUUUUGAACACAUGCCGCUAAUAACAGGGAGUUUGGUAACGCGGGCAAUACACUGCCUGUCACAACCAAUACACCUAAUUAUGUAUUCAUGACCCGAGUUCGAUACUCAUUAGCAUAUUUCAAUGCUGUAUUGUCAUAGCAGCAACAUAUUUCUAAUAUUGUGAUGUCAUCAUGGUGUGCCCGUAUGUGGUGACGUAGGUGGGAUGUGUUUUGUGAAGGCUAUCUACGUAAAACACACGUAAAUUCCAAUGAAGCUAAAUAGACAUAUAGGAAAUGAAUUUUUUAUAUACUAGCUAAAAAUAGCACUCUAUUUUUCUAUUCCUCCUUGGUGUAUUCAUAUUUUCAUUCUACGUCAAGGUGUACAAAAUACAGCUUGUUUUUGGUGUAAUUGUCGCUUGUAUUGUGGAUCAAAGCUUUAAUUUUAGGUAUGUUGUUUUAUAAUCAUUGUCAAUGUGAAAUAUUUGCAGUGUCGAUCAUAAAAAUCUCUCAAAACGACAAAACCGAAAACAAGGGCCGGGUUAGCUUAAUCUGAACCGAGGCGAAUUUAAUUGUCAUGGGCCGUUACUGACGUCAUGUAUUUAAAAAAUACUCAGAGAAGGCAUUAAAAUGUGAAAAGACACUGCUGUUUUGUACAACCCGUUCUUUAUAUAUUUUAUUUUAAAUAUAUAAUGUAAUAAAUAUAACGUACAUCCAAGAGAUAUAAUUUUUUUAUUCCAUUAUCAUUGUGAUAUUUGAUAUCAGCGUUUGUGAUUUUAUGUUGUCAUGGUUUUUUCUUUGGCUAUUUUCCUUGAAUGCCACACGUUCCCUGCAAAGCAUUUCUGUUAAUGUUAUUACUCCUUUUAAUGUACAUAUUAAGUGAGAUUUGUUGUUAUAAAUAUAUAUAUAUAUAUAUUUCCUCCACAUUUGGGAGGAAAACAAAUAAAAAAGUACGAUAUUUGAAAUUGA